GUCAAAUGGGACGAGGAAGAUCUGAGUUCAUGUUUAAUCGGAGAACAUUCAUUACCAUUAAUUCAUAUAGUAUAUGGGCGACAAGGUGUUGACAAGGGAUACCUGAUAUUUCAUGAUUUGUAUUUGGACAAAACAAGUACACGUACUUAUCCAGGAGAAAACGUAUUGACCAUAUGAGGAGAAAUGGAUAAAUUAGUUUGGUUUGUAUGUUUGUCUAUCAAAUUAUGCAGCAGUCAAAUUAACAAGGGAUGCUGUGGAAGAGAUGACAACGGGCUUUGCAGGAAAUGCUGUUCAAACCAUCACAUGAUACAGGGGACCUGUGAAGUUUGUUCGCCGGGGUUUUACGGGAAGAAAUGCCGCACGGUGUGUACCUAUCCUAAAUAUGGAGAAUUGUGUCGUCUAAACUGCUCCAGCUGUAAUGAAGAAAAUUGUAACCCCGCAUUCGGAUGCCCCACCCACAAAGAGAUACUGAUGACAUCGCCGCCAGCACAAAAGGAGAACACGUCCUGGUUGAUAAACACUUCCACGAAGAACAACCGUCAUGACACCACUAAAUUUGAAAAAAAGUACACGAAAGGUUUGGCAUACUGGUCUACACGUGUUGUCUCGAGGCAACUCUACAUUGUACGAAAGACAAAGCAAAGUACGUCCAUUUACACAACAUUUCACCCAACAGAAAAAUCUCCGGGAGGCGUCUCUACCCUGACCAAUAAUCCAUGGCUGAUAUAUGUUGUGGGGUUCCUGGGGAUUUUCCUCGGAGUCAGUGUGGUGGUGAUAUUUGGCUUAAGCUGUCUUCUCAGCUGGAAUAAGAGGAUGCUUGUGGACCAUGUGGACGAAUUAGUGACCAUUAGCAGGUGUGGCAGGUCCACUGUACAAGGGACAAAUAUGUACAGUUUUGCUGGUGCUCCUCCUAGUAAAGACCAGACAAACACGGCCGAGAGAAUCAGCAUCACGGAUUCAGCUGACUACCAAUCUCUCUGUGGUGUUUCCCACCUGAGAGAUUCCGAUGAGAAAGGUCGAUCUGGAGUCGCAACGAAUUCAACUAACACUUACAUUGAACCUGAAACACAUAAGAAGAUCACAAAGAAAACCUCAAUUGGCGAUUCCUCAUAUGUGGAGAUGAUACCGUGAAACCCACAGCGAGAGGGGGAGAAAUUAGUGGAAGAGAAACUACAAUGUAGUUGAAUUAUGUACAGUUGUACAUUGGAAAUCAUCUUCACAAGUCAAGGGUUAUUGAUUCGUUACCUCGAACUAACCCUUGACAUCAGUCGCUAUUUAAAAGUUGGGCUCGAGAAGAAGGAUGACGCAAUACGCUAAAAUAAAUCAGCCAAUUGGCUUUCUUGUUUCAGAUGAAAGUUUGGUAAGGGAAUAAACAGAAAGUAUAAAAUGGCGUCCGUUGACGAAAAGAUAUGUGAAAAACAUCAAAUCGAUCAUUUGACUGAAAACCAAAAGCUUUCCAUAUCAUGUAUCAGAGAAGGAAAAGAUGUUUUUAUUGGGACUAAAACCGGCAGUGGUAAAUCGCUAUUUUACGAAGUUGUUCCCAUUAUUUUGGACAAUUUGUUUAAUUUGUUAAAACAUUGUCGACAAACGUACUUCGACAAUCCAUCAUUUUCAUUCGGCUCAUACCCCAAAACCUCGUCUAAUUGUUUCUUCAAGCAAAACGAACUCCCGAAAAUCAAUCGACGGUAUCUGUCUUGUACUAAUUGGCCACAAAUUCUACACCAUAAUGCCGUCGCCAUGCGUGUUUACUGUUUAGUUUUGUUUUCGACCGAUUAUAAAAGCCGUUGUCUGAUUGGUUUGCAGCUUCAGGCUGCAAACCAAUCAUAUGCUUCUUCUCGAGCCCAACUUUUAAAUAGCGACUGAUGUCAAGGGACGAAUCAAUAACCCUUGACUUGUGAAGAUGAUUGGAAAUUAGUGUCUGAAAUUCGUUCUUCUACCAUUUCAUUUAGCUAUGUUAGUUAUAUUUGAAAUAGAAAAGCUAUUCCAACAAUACACUCAGUAGACGCACUGCUUUCAGCGUAGUGGUCAGACUAGGAAUCGUAUAGGAAGAUAAAAUGUCUUGUCUGGCACUCUUUUUCUGUGAGUGUCAGUGGACGAUACUAGUUUUACCGGUCAUUACUGGAAUCAAGGAAGAAAACCUAAAAAGGUUACAAGAUUCAUAUAAAUUGAACAGACCCUUUAAUGUUGUAUAACGCUUUGUUUCUUGUAUCCUCUGUACAGUCACGUGAUAGAUUUGAAAUCUUUAUUCAAUCACAGAUGGAUUGAUAUCAAUGUGUAUGCAGCACAGCCCGGUUUGAAGAAAACCCAAUAAUAAUCGUGGCAACCGAACCUAUAAAAACAUUACACGUACAAUCCCAACCUCAAAAAGUAAGCUCUUUGCAGAAUUAUUUUCUUAGUUCACAUCGAUUUCCCAAAUUCUGACGGAAAUUGGGAUUUUCCCGAAUUCGAAAGUACCAAAGAUUCGAAAGCAGAUCUUUAAAAUGCAGAAGUCGUCAUCAAUAUUGUGCAUCUUAUAUAAAAUACAAUGUACAAGAAUAGCAUAUACAUGUAUAUAACGAGUUAGAACGAUAUAAAAACAGAUGUGAUUUAAAGAUAUUUCAAACAUUACCCUAUAAGUGUUGCAUGUGUAGAUAUAUUUUGUUGUAUAUAGAAAACGUCGGUCUCUUACUGUGAAUAAUUGCUUUCGUUGUGUUGCAAACAAUUCGUACAGAGUACCCCAGUUAUCUAAGAAAUACAUUUAAUGUUUGAAAAUACAUAAGGGUAUGAAUUGCAAUGCUUCACUUCCGUAUACUUUUCAUAAAACGCGUUUUUUUUCUUUUUCGGAAUUCCCAGCCAUUAAAAUACACACACUGCAUGUAUAUUUGUCAAUAUUCAUACGCACAUUGUUCACAAUUGCAACUCAUUCAUGAGAAGAUGGUUAUCAUUACAAUAUGUAAAGAUAUCAAAGGCAAAAACAUCGGACAUCUAAAUGUUUUAAGUUGAAAUAAGUGAAUCCCUUGAUUCAUGUUUGAGUUCAUUUCCAACAUCAAUAUUUACACUUACAUUUGUACAUUUGCAUUGCAUUCUAAUGUUUGGUGACCUGGCCUGGCGUGAUGGUCAUGUAAUGACAGCCAGUUUCAGUGUAAUGUGUAACGGGUCAUUUUUGCAUUACAAAUAAUGGUAAUGUAAUGCAUUACUUGUAGAAAAUAUACUGUAAUGUGCAUUACAUUCCAUUACAUUACUUCAAAUAUUUGAUAUUUUGGAGGUUUAGAUAUUUAGCUAUUCCUGCCACUUCCGCUUCGAUAGAACGCGUUUUCAAUAUUGCAGGGAAGAUAUACAGACCAGACAUAUGUUCUCUGAAAGACGAAACAUUGAUGACAAUAAAAUGCAAUGGAUAACUUAGAUGCGUUUCCUAACAUUGAUAAAUAUUUUGUGUGCUUAUUUUACGUUAUAUUUAAAGUUCAGAUAUCAUCAUAAUCUAAUAAUCAUUUUGCCAAUUCUUUAAUAUCAGUAUGUUAUAUAAUGUGUAAUGUAAUGCACCCUCAAGCAAUGUGUAAUGUAAUGCAUUACAUUGGUUUGUAAUUAACCCCAGGUCUGCUGUGACAUGGUAUUUCAGUUAAUGAUCGUUUUGUGCAUCGUUCCAUUAAAGAAAUUAUAAGACUA